GGACUUCAAAAGCAUGAAACUGAGGAUAUUUUCAAGCAAGAGGCCUGUGAAGAAUCUCCAUCCAGUUUACAGCCCUGGUCCACUAAUACGGGACGACUGGCUACACAGGAGAAUUCUGUAGAGCUGAAAUUAGAGUUAUCGGAGUCUGAAGAGAAAGUCACCGAGGGAAAUGUGAAAGGAGGAGAAGAGUCACCUGGGAGUGCUGGAAUAAAUGUACAGAAGAAUGGCAGCUUCUCUCCACCUUCAUUUGGUCAGCCCUCUCUUCAUUACAAUGAGAACGGUAUAAAGAAAUCAGCAAGGGGAUCAGAGAACCAGACAGCUGCAUUUUUGCAGUGCAGUUCUCUCCGUGCUACUGGAGCAGCACAGACAGAAGCCAUCAAAACUGAUAGACAACAAGUGGAGAAAGAAAUCAAAAUUCAUACUGGAGAAAAUUGUUGUUUGGAAUGCGGCAAACAAUUCACAUACAAAAGUGGUCUUAAUAGGCAUAUGAAGAUUCACACAGGAGAAAAACCUCAUUGCUGUUCAGAAUGUGGUAAAUCAUUCUCAUGUAUAAGCUAUCUUCAGAAACACAGAAUAAUCCACACAGGAGAAAAACCUCAUUGUUGUUCAGAAUGUGGUAAGUCGUUCUUAAGGAGAAGCAAUCUUCAGAGGCACAGAAGAAUCCACACAGGAGAAAAACCUUAUUGUUGUCCAGAAUGUGGGCAAUUGUUCUCCUGGAGUAGUGAGUUUGAGUUGCACAAAACAAUUCACACAGGAGAAAAACCUCAUUGCUGUUCAGAAUGUGGUAAAUCGUUCUCAAGGAGAAGCAGUCUUCAAAGUCACAGAAGAAUGCACACAGGAGAAAAACCUUAUUGUUGUCCAGAAUGUGGUAAAUUGUUCUUAAGGAGAUGCAAUCUUCAGAACCACAGAAGAAUCCACACAGGACAAAAACCUUAUUGCUGUUCAGAAUGUGGUAAAUUGUUCUCAUUGAGUAGUGAAUUUCAGUUGCACAAAACAAUUCACACAGGAGAAAAACCUCAUUGCUGUCCAGAAUGUGGUAAAUCGUUCAUAAGGAGAAGCAGUCUUCAGAGGCACAGAAGAAUACACACAGGAGAAAAACCUCAUUUUUGUCCAGAAUGUGGUAAAUCGUUCUUAAGGAGGAGCUAUCUUCAGAGGCACAAAAGAAUCCACACAGGACAAAAACCUUAUUGCUGUUCAGAAUGUGGUAAGUCGUUCUUAAGGCGAAGCACUCUUCAAAGUCAUAGAAUAAUCCACACAGGACAAAAACCUCAUUGCUGUUCAGUGUGUGGUAAAUCGUUCUCACGUAUGAACAAUCUUCAGAGGCACAGAAGAAUCCACACAGGAUAAAAACCUCGUUAUUGCCCAGAAUGUGCAAUAUAAUUUUCUAACAAACGCAAUUUUCAAAGGCUCAUACAAAUUCAUACUGGAGAGAAGCCAUAUUGCUGUUCUUAAUGUGGAAAAAAGUUUUAAACAUUAGCUCUUUUCAAGUAAACACACAAACUCCCAGUAAAGCGAAAAUGCAGUAUGUAUGUUCUGAAUGUAGCAAAUGUUAUACAAGCCAGAAAGGUCUUUAUCAACAUGCCAAAAUGCAUUCUGAAGAAAAAUCUCAUUGCUGUUCUGAAAGUGAGAAACGAUUCUUAUAUUUAAGUGUAAUUCAGUGCCACAUCCGAAUUCUUACUAGAGAUAAACCUUAUUGUUGUUCUGAAUAUUAUAAGCAGUUCUCACAACAAAGCACCAUCAAAAGUCACAUCAGAUGUCACACUGGAGAGAAACCUCACCUUAGCUUGGAAGGUGGAAAACAAUUCUCGCACAUUAAUUCUCUGUAUAAGCAUACAAAAGUCAUACUGGAGAGAAGCUUUACAAUUGUACUGAAUGUGGAAUGUUAUUCUCGUAUAUCAAUUCCUUCACAAUCAUAAAAUAAUUCAUUCUGGUUAGAAAUAAAGCUGUUUUGACUGUGGCAUGCUUUUCUCAGACCGCAGAACUCCUAAAGAUCACAUGAGAAUUCACUCUGGAGAGAAACCUAAUUGCUGUCCAGAUUAUGGCAAAUUAUUCUCAAGUCCAAACGCACUUACUUGCCACAGAACGAUCCACACUGGAGAGAAACAGUACACCUGUUUUGAAUGGGGUAAAGGGUAGUCUUCCAGAAAAAGGUUUUGGAGACACACACAAAGUCAUAUUGGAGUAAAGUCUGUCCCAGAAAUGACAAAUGAUCUUUUCAUUGGAUCCUCAUUCAAUAGAAAUGAAGAAAAAUCUUCCUGAAUGUGGUAAAGGACUCCAGUUGAAAGUAGUUAAAAAAUACAUUAGAAUAGUGGACAAAACACUGAAAGUGGAAAACAGAUCCUAGAUGUAAGUUAUCCUCAGAGCCACACAUGUACUCACACUGGAAUACAAGAGAUAUUUCACAAACAGCAAGAAUUUUCUUCAACAACUUCUAGGUGCAGGAGCAAUGAACUUGUAAUGUUUGUGAAAGAAAAAAACAUUAACUGUAAUGAUAAGUAGUUACUUCACAAUACCAAGGACUGUAUUUUGUAUUAAUCAUGCUGUAGAGAGCUAUAUGAUUUGUUAUUUCUAUAUCAUCUGUUCUUCAACCUCUUUAAUAAAACCCUGUGUGCGUC